UAGUUAGAGCUGAGUAUUCAAGGGAUCGCUAGCAAAGCAGCAUUUGUCUCUUUCCCUUGAGUUUGAUCGGUGCACUCUCUUACGUUUGAGGUUCAAUCCACGUUUUCCAAUAUCUGAUAGUUUUAUUUGCCAUUUGUGUACAUGUCAAAUAGAGAAUUGUUUAGAAUAGGAUACAACUCAUCAAUUUGGAUGAUACCGAAACAUUUUGUCAAAACAAACAUUCUGGACAACUUUUUACUACAUCUACAUACACCUGUCACUCGACGUUAGUUUUCAAGUUCGAUAAAGAAGAUCGGAGACGUAUAAAAUGGAUGUCAGCCGCAAUAUUCUCAGAGGAGUCCGAUCAGAAGUGGCCAGAUCAAUAUUAUCCAUUCUUUUAAACCUAUCGCUAUACGUCAUAUAUUCGAUUGUUAAUUAUUCCUCGAAGAAUCUUCCUUCCGAAUCACUCUUGCCAUCUUACGAUUUCAUAAUCGUAGGCGGUGGUUCUGCAGGAGCCGUGGUAGCGAGUCGGUUGUCCGAGAUAGAAGACUGGAACGUACUCCUCUUGGAAGCAGGUGGCGAUGGAAGCAUUAUAUAUGAUAUUCCUGUUACUGCCCCCAAUCUACAGCUCACCGAGAUCGACUGGAAAUACACGACGGAACCAAAUCCAAAUUAUUGCAGAGCGAUGGAGGGGGGUCGCUGCCGGUGGCCACGUGGCAAAGCGAUCGGAGGCAGCGGCACGAUAAAUUACAUGCUCUAUGUUCGUGGUAACAAAAAAGAUUACGACAUCUGGGAACAACUGGGCAAUCCGGGAUGGUCAUACAAGGACGUUCUGAGUUAUUUCAAAAAAUCGGAAGACAAUCGGAAUCAGAACUACAGCAAGACUCCGUAUCAUUCGACGGGAGGUUACCAAACUGUCGAUGAACCACCUUGGCGGAGUUCAAUGGGCAUGGCGUUCCUUCAAGCAGGACGAGAAAUGGGUUACGAGAAUAGAGACCUUAAUGGAGAACGGCAGACUGGCUUUAUGUUUCCUCAGGGGACCAUUAGACAUGGCAGUAGGUGUUCCACGGGGAAGGCCUUCCUGCGGCCGGCUAGCGCGCGUAAGAAUUUACACGUCGCUAUGCACGCACAUGUUACGAAAAUUUUAAUAGAUCCGUCGUCAAAGAGGGCUUACGGUGUAGAGUUCUUUAGAUACGGAAGGACGUUACGCGUCCAUGCCAGCAAGGAGGUGAUAGUUUCCGCAGGAUCUAUCAGCAGCCCUCAAUUGCUGAUGCUGUCUGGAAUAGGACCUGGAGAACACUUAAAGGAACACGGGAUACCAUUGGUUCGGAAUUUAAGUGUGGGUCUUAAUCUUCAAGAUCACAUAUUUGCGGGAGGCGUUUACUUCUUGCUGGAUGAAGAAGUAUCGUUGCCAGAGAGCAAUUUGUAUGAUAUUCGAUACUUGCUAGAAUAUGCCUUAUUCGGAACCGGCCCAUUAACUCUCUUAGGAGGACUCCAAGGACUAGCUUUUAUCAAUACCAAAUACGCGAAUGCCUCGGACGAUUUCCCAGACAUACAAGUGCAUUUUGGGGUAUUGAGUCAGAACACCGACGGCGGCUCAGUUUUUAAAACUAUUCAGGGUUUGUCCACAGAAUUCUUCGAUACUGUGUAUGGGAGUGUAAUCGGUAAAAACAUGUGGGUGGGGCUUCCUACGCUUAUAAGACCGAAAAGCAAAGGUGUUAUCAAGCUUCGAAGCAACAAUCCCUUCCAUUAUCCACUAAUUUAUCCCAACUACUUCGAAAACCCGGAAGAUGUGGCGACAUUGGUAGAGGGAAUUAAGUUUAUACUCGAGAUGAGUAAAACUGCAUCAUUUAGACGUUAUGGAAGCACAUUUAUACCGGUACCAUUUCCUGGCUGCAAGAAUAUUCCUAUGUAUACCGAUCCAUAUUGGGAGUGCAUGAUCAGAUUCUAUGGCUCGACUCUAUAUCAUCCAGUGGGUACUUGCAAGAUGGGGCCUAAUUCGGAUCCAACGGCUGUAGUAGACCCUCGGCUUCGAGUUCACGGAGUCACCGGGCUUCGAGUCAUAGACGGCUCGAUUAUGCCAAACAUAGUCAGUGGUAAUACCAAUGCUCCGAUUAUCAUGAUCGCAGAGAAGGGUGCCGAUAUGAUAAAAGAGGAAUGGUUGAUGAAAUAGGAUACAGA